AUGGCUGUUUGCAAAAACGAAGGCAUCGUUGGUCCUCCCGGUGAAGCCAAACUCUGCAUCCAGGAAGCGUCCUGUUGCCCUGUUUCCUUUGAGGAGGUUUCUGUCUGCUUCACCCUAGCAGAGUGGGUCCUGCUGGAUCCGGGCCAGAGGACUCUCUACAGGAAAGUCAUGUGGGAGAACUAUGGAAGCGUCAUCUCUCUGGCCCAGGAUGAUCAGAGCAAUGAGGAGGGUGAGGAACUGAAUCAGCAGUUGCCAGAUCGAGUUGAAAAGGUGGACUUGAAAGAAAACAUCAGGAAUCCAGGCAGACCUAAGAGAAAGAAAGGCAGCCAUACAGCUGAGAAGAAAGAUGGAAGACGACAUAAUGCACGUUUUCCAAAGCAGAGGAUAAUGAGGGCAAGUACAUCCGUUCAGUGUGUAAAGCACUUCAGAACCAGAUCACAGCUCCCUCUGCACCAAAGACAACGAAGAGGGGAGAAACCGUUCGAAUGCACAGAGUGUGGAAGGAGAUUCAGUGAGACAUGGAAUCUUCACAAGCAUCAGAAAAUCCACAAAGGAGACAGACCUUUUGACUGUUUAGAGAGUGAAAAGAGAUACAAAAGUGAAAAGAGAAAUAGUCAGAGUGGCCAUCUUCAAAGUCAUCAGAGAACUUACACACGGGAGAGACCUUUUGAAUGCUCAGAGUGUGGAAAGAGAUUCAGUCGGAGUGACUCUCUUCAAAGUCAUCAGAGAACCCACACAGGGGAGAGACCUUUUGAAUGCUCAGAGUGUGGAAAGAGAUUCAGUCGGAGUUGCAAUCUUCAAAAGCAUCAGAGAACCCACACAGGAGAGAGACCUUUUGAAUGCUCGGAGUGUGGAAAGAGAUUCAGUCAGAAUGGUCAUCUUCAAAGUCAUCAGAGAACCCACACAGGGGAGAGACCUUUUGAAUGCUCAGAGUGUGGGAAGAGAUUCAGUCGGAGUUUCAGUCUUCAAAGUCAUCAGAGAACCCACACAGGGGAGAGACCUUUUGAAUGCUCAGAGUGUGGAAAGAGA